UGCUCCUUUUUAGCCAAAUGACGUAGGAUGUUUUCAGAUCACUUAUUAUAGUGCCGCAUUUCUCGUGCUGACAUUUUAAAAACGUAUAAAGCUUUAUGUGACUUCUGGUGCACAGCCAAAAACUCUUCUGUGGGAAAGGACGAAGGCCGAUAUAACGCCAUUUUUCCUCGUUUAUUUGUGAUUGUUGUCGUCUAAUGUGCACAAAUGCUUACACAGGUGAUGAAGAAAAAAGGGUUUUCAUGAUGUAUCUGCUGGUCGGAUUUGUUCACUAAUGACUAAUUCGACCUAAUCGUGCAGAAUGUCCGUGCAGUCGGCAAACUUCCGUAAGAAAAAAUGUAUCGUACCGUCUUGUCUCCGGACAACGGAUGAUGGAGUACGGCUCCAUCGUUGCGGAGACAACUUCGCGAAAAUCGGCAAAAUUCUUGGAAGGAGCACUAUAACAAAGAAUUCGUACAUUUGCUCGCUCCACUUUGAAGAAUCCUGCUUUACGCGAAAGGGUGGCUUAUGCCCCGAAGCCGUACCUACGAGAUUUUUGGAUGGACCAGGAGAUGCUCAAGGAGAUGUUCGUCGCUGUAGUGUACCUCGAUGUUCACGAACCGAAAACGAAGCACUUCUGUUUAAAGGACGGCAAGCAUUUCGUUCCAUUGGUAUCGAAGCUGGUGCCGAUCUCACCAAGGGCUGGAUAUGUGACGAACAUUUCGAGGAGGAAUGUAUUGAUGACCGCGGUCGGCUGAAGCCCGGUUCAAUGCCAACCAGAGUUGCUGAGGUGCGACAAGAUGACGGAGAUGGUACCGUCGUUAAACAUAUUUCCGUUCGCACCAUCCACGGAUCCAAUCUCAAGCUAAUUCUGACUGAUGAUAUUGUGGAGGACAUUGUAGACGAUCUAGAGGAAGUUGACACCAGAACGGAAAACAGCAAUCUGAAGCUGCAAUUGCGACGAGCACACGAAGAAAUUGAAUCUCUAAAAAGGACAAUAAGUCUCCUGCACAGCGAUAUUAAUACGAAACGCAGCAGAAUUCAGACGCUUGAAGAGGAGCUGGCCCAAGCCACCAGUUCCUGGAGACAGUUUGAGGUACGCAUUGUCAACGAGUAGUUAACCGCUUAGGCCGAAAAAUCUUCAGGACGUUUCCAAAAGUGAACAAGAGACAUAACACCGAUAAUUAGAUACAGUGGAAACUAUCGAAGACGAGUGACAAUAAGAUGAGCGAUAUUCUCGCGAGUACGCCCAUUACGAGCUCGUUUGUAUCUGUACAUUUAUAUUAUACAUCCUUGUGUAUACUCAUUGUAAACUACAGACAA